UAUAAUGAAGAGGAAGACUGAGAGAAAGAGAAAAUGUCUGAUGAGUGUCAUCUGUGUCUGCUGGGACUGAUCGUUCUCUCUUCACUUCUCACAGGUACCAGUGGAGUGGAUGAGACUCAUGUGUUCAUCAGUUCUGGUGAAGAUGUCCGUCUGCUCUGUAAUAAUGCUCUUCAUGACUGCACAUCAACUGUAUGGAUCUAUAACAGAUUCAGAGAUUCAGCAGCAGUUGAACUGAUUGGUUUAGGGAAAAAGAAGAAAACCACAGAGAGACAUGAGAGACUGAGUCUGGGGUCUGACUGCUCUCUGAACAUCAAGAACAUCUCAACAGAAGAUUAUGGAUCUUACACCUGCCAACAAUGGACAGAUGUGAAAGGAGAACAACAAGGACCUGAUGCUCGUGUUUAUCUGCAUGUUCUUAAUGUCUCUUCAUCCUCCUCCUCAUCCUCACAGACUGAGAUCAGUGCAGGCCGCUCUGUGACUCUCUUCUGUCAGUUGUAUUCAUAUGAUGGAGGCUCUUGUGAUGAUUGGAUGCGUUCUGAGAGAAUUGAGCUGUUCUGGGUGAAUCAGGCUGGUGUUAAACUGACGAGAUCAGACUCCAGAUAUCAGAUAUUAUCCUCAUCACAUCACUGUAUCAUCACUCUGAAUACAACACUCCUGAAUGAAGAUCACAACAGAGAGUGGAGAUGCAAUGUUACUCAAAGAGAUCAAGUCAAGAACUCCGUCAAAUACACUGUCAAGAGUUCAGAGUCUCUCUGUUUUCUCUUGAUUGUGUCUCUCAUCUGUCCUGCAGAGAUUUUGAUCAUUCUUAAGACUGCAGUGUUUGCUGCUCCUACUGUGACUCUUCUUCAGAUCAUCUGUGCAAGAAGAGCUGGGAGGAAGGACUCGCAGCACCCAGAGGAAAUAGCGCUGAAUACAAUAUCAAAAUAA